CUACGAGAACACACAGAGACAAAAAUAUGCACAUGUAAUGAUUCCCGAGCGGGCACACCAGUCGAGAGGGCCAAGAAUAAUUUAGCUGCACUUCGGAUCUACGGCGUAUUGCUCAAUUGAUAAUAAUUUGCUCGAGCUUGGUUCCAGUUUAAAUACCACUACAACUAAUUGAAGUCCAGUAGCUUUUGGCAGCUGCUUAAGUUGCACCCUAUUACUGUAUUACACGUUGAUGAUUGUAGAUCGAAUAUACGGAGUAUAUGUUAUUUGGACGGUGAGGCUGCUUUCAGUUGGUCCUUGAUGUCUCCCUCUACUGAUUGAUUGCUUCGAUUUCGUUUUCACUUUGAGCAAUUGAGGUCUGGACUCCUUUUUGCUAUAAAGAUUAAGAUUUGCUUUGAAGUAGCAAGAUUCAAUUCUUCUGGAUCUGUACUCUUUUGGUGGAAAACAUACCUUGGAUUCACUCCUAUAGUUCAAACUAGUUGGCAUUUUAUUCAGAGUUGUGGUAAAUGAAGGGGGCUGUUCUAGUGGCGAUUGCGGCUACUAUUGGAAACUUUUUGCAGGGCUGGGAUAAUGCCACCAUUGCAGGAUCUGUUGUUUACUUAAAGAAGGAGCUCGCAUUGGAAACAUAUAUGGAAGGACUUGUUGUAGCCACGUCUCUCAUUGGAGCCACACUUAUCACAACAUGUUCUGGAUCCGUAUCAGAUUGGCUUGGUCGACGGCCAAUGCUUAUACUCUCAUCAAUGUUUUAUUUCCUAAGUGGUUUGAUAAUGUUAUGGUCACCUAAUGUCUAUGUAUUACUUAUAGCGAGGCUAUUGGAUGGAUUUGGAAUUGGAUUAGCAGUCACUCUUGUCCCACUCUACAUAUCUGAGACAGCUCCAUCAGAAAUAAGAGGAUUAUUGAAUACUCUUCCCCAGUUCACUGGUUCUGGUGGAAUGUUUUUGGCAUAUUGUAUGAUUUUUGGAAUGUCAUUGACGACUGGACCAAGCUGGCGAUUGAUGCUUGGAGUUCUUUCAAUCCCGUCGCUUGCAUAUUUUGCAUUAGCAGUGUUUUAUUUGCCCGAGUCUCCUCGAUGGCUAGUUAGUAAAGGAAGGAUGCUUGAGGCAAAACGAGUUCUGCAGCAAUUGCGUGGGAGAGAAGAUGUUUCAGGGGAGAUGGCGUUGCUUGUUGAAGGUCUUGCUAUUGGUGGUGAGACAUCUAUCGAAGAAUAUAUCAUUGGCCCAGCAGAUGAGGUUGGGGAGGACCACGACCUAGCAGAAGACAAGGAUCUUAUAAAGUUGUAUGGACCUGAGGAGGGUCUAUCGUGGAUUGCCAAACCGGUUUUUGGACAGAGUAGUAUUGCACUUGCAUCGAGGCAAGGAAGCAUGGUAAACCAAAGUGUCCCUCUUAUGGAUCCCCUUGUGACUCUCUUUGGAAGUGUUCAUGAGAAGUUACCUGAAUCAGGAAGCAUGCGAAGUAUGCUGUUCCCUAAUUUUGGCAGUAUGAUAAGCACGGCUGAGCAUGCUAAAAAUGAACAGUGGGAUGAAGAGAGUCUCCAAAGAGAGGGAGAGGAUUACACAUCAGAUGCUGCAGAUGCAGAUUCAGAUGACAAUUUACAGAGUCCGCUGAUCUCACGACAAGUGACAAGUGUAGAAAAGGAUAUGGUCCCUCCUGUUUCUCAUGGCAGCACACUGACUAUGAGACGUCAUAGCACCCUUUUACAGGGAAAUGCUGGAGAAGCACUUGGCAGCACGGGUAUUGGUGGUGGGUGGCAGUUAGCAUGGAAAUGGUCUGAAGGAGAAGUUGGUGAUGGUAAAAAAGGAGGGUUUAGAAGAAUAUAUUUACACCAGGAAGGGGAUGGGCUCCGUGGAUCUCGUCGUGGUUCUCUUGUUUCACUUCCUGGUGGCGAUGUUCCUGCCGAAGGUGAAUAUAUUCAGGCUGCAGCUUUGGUAAGUCAGCCUGCUCUUUAUUCCAAGGAACUCAUGGAUCAGCAUCCAAUUGGGCCAGCAAUGGUUCAUCCAUCAGAAACAGCUUCAAAAGGGCCUGGAUGGGCUGCUCUUCUUGAACCAGGCGUCAAACGUGCACUCAUUGUCGGAAUAGGGCUUCAAAUCUUGCAACAGUUCUCUGGUAUAAAUGGGGUUAUGUACUACACCCCUCAAAUUCUGGAGCAGGCGGGUGUAUCUGUUCUACUCUCCAACCUAGGCCUUGCUUCAGAUUCUGCAUCUUUCCUUAUCAGUGCUUUUACCAACCUUUUAAUGCUUCCUUCUAUAGCUGUUGCCAUGCGAUUCAUGGAUGUUUCUGGUAGAAGGACGCUGCUGCUUUCCACAAUUCCUGUUCUAGUAAUCUCCCUUGUUGUACUCGUCGUUGCUAACAUUGCUGACUUUGGCACUAUUGCUCAUGCUGUUCUCUCCACCGUGUGUGUGAUUCUCUACUUCUGCUGCUUUGUGAUGGGCUAUGGACCGAUCCCAAACAUCCUAUGUGCGGAAAUCUUUCCUACAAGGGUUCGCGGCCUUUGCAUUGCUAUGUGUGCUCUUGUUUUUUGGAUAUGUGACGUCAUUGUUACCUACUCAUUGCCGGUGAUGCUCAGUUCAAUCGGGUUAGCUGGGGUAUUUGGCAUUUAUACUAUCGUUUGCGUUAUUUCCUGGUUUUUUGUCUUCCUGAGGGUUCCUGAAACCAAAGGCAUGCCCCUUGAGGUCAUUACCGAAUUUUUCGCUGUUGGCGCAAAGCAAGCUUAAAUGGCCCAAGAUUGAAUGAGCUUAUUAAAAGCUGCGAACAAAUGAUAUUUCAUUGUGGAGUUUUCUGUAUUGGGUCCUUCAUCAUAGUUGGAGUGUGUUUGUAUAAUCAUUAAGCACUUACUCUUCUUCAUUUAUUGAUGAUGUGUUAUUGGGUUGCAUCGAUAUUUAUUACUCGCAUUAAUAAUAGCAUUUAGAAUUU